AUGGUAGGAGAAAUUCGACUGUUCGGAGGUCGUUUAACAGCUUCAACAACCUUCUGGCUGAUCUGUGAUGGCUCUCAAAUCUCACGCAUCACUUGCUCUCGUCUAUGCGAUAUAAUUGAAAAUUUAUACGGUGCCACUGGUAACGAAACAACAUUUAUGUUACCAGAUUUUCGCGGCCGAGUACCUGUUGGAGUCGAUUCAUCCCGUAUGCGUGCCGGUGGAGCCAUCAAUCUUGUCACUUCUACUGUCGGUGCUCAUUCGCAUACAAUCACUGAUCCUGGACAUAACCACGGAGGUCAUACACAAGCAGCAACAAGUAUAUCAACAAGUUGGAGACAUGGUGAUUCACUGCUGCAGCUGAAACAUCAUAAUGAUUAUACAGUUAAAGUAGACAGUCCACAUGUUCAUGCUAUACCGAUAGGUCAUACAGGUAUCAGUGUUGAUACAGCAAAAAAUCAUGUAAAUUCGAUUUCAGGCCGAACGACAUCAGUUGGUACUGGAUAUCCAAUUUCCAAUAUGCCUCCAUUUCAAACCGUUCAUUAUAUUAUUUUCGCUGGCGAGCUCUAA